GAUGAAAAAGUUGCACAUAAUUUGCAAAACCUUUGAAAGCGUUGGCAUGACUUCAAAGAACUUCUUCAAUGGUUUGCAUUCGUGCUGAAGAACUCCUUCGAUGUCCUCGACAUCCAUUCAUAUGUCGGCCAUAUUCCUCGACUUCUCACUGAUGUCACACUCGUGUCAACCAAACACCGCUUAUGUACUAAAAGGCGAUUCGGUGGAAGUGCGGGCCAUGAGAUCGAUAGCACCGGGAGAUGAGAUCACUAUGAGUUACGUGAGUCUGGAUGAGAAUCGUACGGAACGUCUCGCCUUAAACUUCCUUGCCAUGAGAUAA